CUGAGUGACAUCAAAACAUUGUCUAGUUGGCAGGGUGUAAAUCUGCUUAUUCUAUUCUACGAAGUGUCGUAUCAAAAUUAUGUAGUGUGUCCUCAACGAAGUGAUUGAAGCCCUGAGUUGAAAUUAUGUCGUGGUUAGGAGUGAAUCUCAAUGAAAGCCUUUCGUCUUUAAAGGGCCAGCUGUCAAAUUUAACUAAAGAAGUUUUAUCCGAGGAUUUUGGGGAAGAAGAUGAUGACACUCAAGUUGUUGUGCCAAAAGACCGAAUCAAAGAACUGGAGUCACUGUGUCAGUUACAGAAACAUGAGUUAGAAGAAUGUAAAAGAGCAAGAGCUGAAGUCGAGGAAAGGCUGCAUGCUGCUGAUAUUCAUGCUGCUCACCAAAAUAAACUUCUUCGACAGCAGCUGCAAGAAUCUGAGAAUCAGUUGAAGAGUCUGAAAGAAAAAAGCUCAGAGUGGGGAUGGGAGGCUGCUGACAUCUCCAACCAUACUGUGAACCAUAACAGAUCACAAAAUCACGAGUGGGCAGAUGGUCUACAGGGCCUCAACUAUAACAAUCCACAUGAUCCUGUAUCUGGUGCACUUGAAGUGCAAAAUCAGCAGUUAUCCCGACGCGUUGAGGACCUCGAACGAGAGCUGGGAUCCCUGAGGGACGCCCACCAGGAACAAGUGGCUCUUCUACAGGAUCAGCACCGUCAGCAGUUGUUGGCUCUGAGAGGGCAACGUCACCAGAAAGAUGGUACUAUAUCAGCCGAGUCGCCAUCAGCCCUGGAGGAGAGUGAUGACGGGGCUUCCCCGAAAGGGGGGACAUACGCGAAAGAUGCCGCUGCUUGGGAACAGGAAAAAAUGCUCUUGGAAAUGGAGAAAGAACAACUCAGCAGCCGGGUAGAGAUCCUCCAGAGACAAGUGCAACAGCUCAGAGCAAAGGAUGAAGAUACUAAUCAGUUACAAAAUAAACUGAUGGCGCUUACGGAUGAGUGUUCGAGGUUAAAGGAAGAGAAUGAUCAGUAUUUGAAAAACUUGGAGGAGAUUGACGUCCAGCAUGAAGCAGCAGUCCAAGUACUUUUAAAGAAGAAGGAAAGCCUUCAAGUGGAAUUAAAAGCUAGUAAGGUAGCAUAUGAUUCACUCGCAGAACAGGUGGGACAGAAUCAAAAGCCGCCACCAGAGACAGAGCUUCAGAUGUUGAAGUCUGAAUUGAAUAGCUUCAAAGAGAACAACAAUUCUCUUAGUUCUGUGAAAGAAGAGCUUGAAACUGUUACACGUGAUAAAAAUGAACUAAAUUCUCAGCUAACACUUCUUAAAGACCAGUUACAACAAUUAUCUUUAGAUAGAGACCAAUUAUUUAACGAGAAUGAAAUGCUCAAGAAAGACAAAGGAGAAGAGAGUGACUUGUGUGCUUCAAAGGACUUGCAGCAGCAAAAUUUAGAACUUGAGAAAGUUGAAAAACAGUGUUUAGAGUUACAGAAUUUAAAUGCUCAGCUAAAUUCAUCCUUAGAGGAAAUUACAAAAGAAAUGAAAGAUCUAAAAUUGUCAGAGGCAACCCUUAAAGAAUUGCUGAGUGCAAGUGAGGAGAAGAGGCUAAAGGCAGAAACUGAAAUUACUUCCUUAAAUACUAAGGUUAACACCUUGACAGGAGAACUGUCGAAAUUCUCUACAAAUGAAAAUGAGAGAAAACUAACUGAAGAGAAAAUGAUAGAGGGUCAACAUCAAUUAAAAACCUUAGAGGCAAAAAUACUGGCAAAUGAAAAUGAGAAGAAGACUCUUGAUGAUUCUUUCAGGACUCUACAUCGAGAAAUGCAAGAUGCUAAGUCACAGGCUGAGAUAUUAGAAUCAGAGCUACAGGCUAAAGUCCAAGAGCUAGAAAUAUCAAAUGAAAGUAUUUCAGAAUUACAAACCAAGUCUAAGCACAUGGAAGCUGAAAUCUCUAAACUUCGAAAGCAUAAAAAGGAAGACCAUGAUCAGUUGAGGAAAAUUUUGACAUCCAAUAAUGUUGAAGUUACUGGAAACAUUGGAACAGAUAUCCACAAGAUUGCAGAACUUGUUAAAGAUAGUGUGUGGCAGCGAGACACCCUCGAACGUCAUGUUUCAACUCUUGCACAAGAGCUGAGGGAGAAAAAGGAACAACUACAAGAAGGAGAAACAGCAAGGAUUGAGCUAGAGAGAGAAUGUGAGGAUCUUCGGGAUCAGUUAGAGGAAAUACAAAAGGGAGUUAGGCCACAGCCAGAAGGCAGUAGUCGAGGUCUCCCAACCAUAGAAGAGGAAUCGGAGGGAUGUGCUGAUGGGGAUGGAGAAGCAUCUGUCAUUGCACAGGCAGAGGGAAGAGAGCAGGUGAAAGAUAGUACUGAGUUUUUGCAGCAAGAGAAUGCCAGUCAGAUAGAGGCCCUACAAGCACAAGUUGAAGCCUUGUCAGAAGCUCGUAGAAAUCUUGAGACAGAGGUUGCAAAUAUGCGAUCUGAAAGAGAAACUCUUCAGGGGCAACUUCGGGAAUCUGAGGGUAGGACAGGUAACUUGUUAAACCUGGAAACUGAAGCAGCAUCAUUGCGUGCAGAAAAAAAUGUGUUGGAGAUGCGCUUGUCUUCGUUGACACAGCAAGUUGACCUGGAAACUGUAACGCUCAAAGAUGAGAGGGAUACUCUGGAAGAGCAGGUAACUAAUUUGGAGCAGCAUAUUUCUAGGCUUCAAGCAGAAAUGACUCUUAAUAAACAUGAAAGAGAUUCAAUUGGCCAGCAGCUCCUAACACAGUAUGAAAUUCAGGAGAAUAGGGACGCUACCAUAAGAGUUUUAGAGACAGAAUUAGAAGGUCUCAGGAGCCAGCUGCGGGAUAGGUUUUCAGAAAGUAACUCGCAUUCUGAUGUCAUAUCACAUCUUCAAGCCAAGGAAACAAAGCUUGCAGAUGAGGUGAAUAAUCUUCGAUCGCAACUGAUAUUCAAAGAAGACAAGAUAGACGAAUUAAAUCAAGUUUUGGAAGAAUUAGGGAAAAUUUUUCAUGCUGUAAGUUCAAAUCCAGAUAAAGUGUACGCUCAUAUUAGAAACACUUACAAGACGCUACAAGAUCAACUUUGUGAACAGAAACUGAGAGUUGAAGAAUUGGAAAUAUCUUUGCAAAAUGAGAAAGAUCAAAGCAAUAAAAAUGAUUCAUUACUUGAAUCUCAAUGUUCUUUGAGAGAAGAGAGAGAAUUAGAAGCAAACAUACUAAAAGAGAAAUUAGAAAAAAGUGAGAUGGAAGUCUUUCAGCUAAGAGAAAAAGUAGAAGAACUCACUUUUGGUGAGUCUAAUUUGAAAGAAAAUGAACUUGCAAAUUUGCAAAAACAACUGAAGGAAUUGGAAACAGAAAAAAAUUUAGCUUUGUCCAAUCUUGCCCAAAGCACUAGUGGGUUGGAUAUCAUUAAAAAAGAGAAUUCCUUGCUUUUGGAAUCAGUUGCAAAGAGUAAAGAGAUAGAGUUGCAUUUCCAGGAAGAGAGAGAACUUUCAUUUACAAAUUAUGAAAAGCAAAUUGCUGAACUUGGUAAACUGAAUCAGGAAAUGGAGGAGCAGAUACAAGAAUUAAGGAAGAAGCAUAACUGUGAGAUACAAGAGAAGGAACUGAAUAUUUUCACACUGAAAGAUCAACUGUCUGAGUUACAGAAAGGGAAUAGUACUAUGGAGGCAUUUACUUCAGAAAAAGAAAGUCUUAUCCAACAAGAAAAAAUACUUAAAAGUGAAAAUGACCGUCUUCUUCAAGAAAAUAAAAUAUUACUUGAAGAAAAAAAUAAAUUGCUUAGUGAAAAUAAGGAAUCCAUGUCAGCUAGAGAUCUAGCAGUUCAACAGUACUCCAGUUUCCAGGCAGAGAGGGAUCAAAUGAUAGCAACCAUUACACAGAAGCAUCAGGAAAGUGUCACAUACCAUACAGAAAUCCAGCGCUUGAUGCAGGUUCUAAAUCAGACAGUUCAGUCAUCAACUGAGGAGAAAAAUGCUCUGACAUCACAACUUACAGAUACUAAAUCAUCUUUGAAUAAAAGCCAAGUUCAGAUUGCAGAUCUUAGAGAGGAGCUAGAAGGCCUUAAGAAAAUAAAAGAUGACCUUCAGAAAAAUGUUGCUGAGGACAUUGUCAAAAAAACUGAGAUUUCUGGUCUUCGUAAGGAAAUGGAAGUUCUUCAGGCUAAAUUUACAAGUUUAGAGCAGGAGAGAGAUCAGCUUCGCAUAGCCAAUGCACACUUCAAUACUCAGUAUCAGGAUCAAAGCAAGGAGUUGAGUAAUCUUCGAGAAAAGGAGUCAAAAUUAUCUACAGAAUGUGAACGUCUUCGGCAGCACUUAGUAACUGUAGAAGAAUCUUACACAGCUGAAGCCAUCAAAGCUGAGGAACGAGAAAAUACCCUAAGGUCUACUCUUGGUAAAAUGGAAGAAAAACUGAAUAAUCACUCUACAUUUUAUAAUUCAGCCAGCCAACGAGCAAGUGUUCAGGUGGAGUCUCUUCAAGAGCAGCUUCGAGAAUUGUCUAGUAAAAGAGAUGAUGCAAUACUUCGUCUACAUGCAGCUGAGGAAGCUGCUGAACAACACCAACAUUCCCUUGCAACACUUCAGCAGGUGCUACAGGAUUUCCAGAAGGGCCAGGCACGAGAGAUUGCUGAAGCAACUGAGAGAACAAGAAGGCAGUUGGAGGAUGAACAAGAUAAGAGCAGAUCACUGUCAACGCAAGUUGAUAACUUGAAGGCUCAGUUAGCUGAGGUCCAGAGUGCUUUGGCAGCUGCAUCAAGACUUGGGGAACAGCUAGACAAGAAAGAGCAGAUGAUUGUGGCACUCAAAGCACAAGUAACUUCUCAAGAAGAAGUAGCAAGGAAAGCACGAGAAGAAGUAAUUUGUCUGAAAACAUCAUCUGAAGGUAAAAUUGAAAAGAAUUUACUCCGAAACUUGCUUGUUGGGUAUUUUGCCACUCCUGUUGACAAACGGCAAGAGGUUUUGCGAAUUAUUGCUGAAGUACUUGACUUCUCAGGAGAAGAAAGAGUAAGAACAGGACUAGAUAUGCAGGGUCGAUCCUGGCUGUCAUCUAUAGCAAACUUCCUUGCCCCUCCUGCUAGUAAUGUUCAUGUUACUUCGAGAGUUGAUGUCCUUGAUCACACAUCAUUGUCACAAGCCUUUAUCCGAUUUCUCGAAGAUGAAUCGACUCCUCGACCUCAGCCUCGUCUUCCAGCAGUUCAGAUGGCUCAACAAACUGAAGAGAAGGCUGAGAAGAAAGCUCAGGCUAAAGCUCAGACUUCAGUCAAGGUUAAUCCAUUUGUUAGUACUGGGGAGACUGUACUCACCGAAACAAACACCGAAUCAAGAAAUUCUCCAUUACUCUCUGUAGCUUCAGCUCUGCCAACAUUACCUACUUUUACACCACAUAUUCCUUCGUCGUCACCAAGUCUUGUUGAAGUAAAUUCUCCAAUGCCUACUGUAGUAACAACUGCUUCAGGAAUAACCACCCCUGUAUCCACUAAUAAAUAUUUGACUAAUUUGUUGGGGUCUGAAAGUUCUGCAGUAGAAGAUAAGUGAUACAGCAUUGCAAUAGUAGAGUAUGUUAGAGAAAGUUAACUACAAGAUUAGAUUGAAGAUUUGUAGCAGUCUAUUAUGUAGGUUAGGGAGUAUCCAGAUAUUCCCACAGCAUCACUAAAGUUUAGUGUAAUGCAAUAUCCUGAAACUGUGAUAAGAGAUUUUGUAAACAUUUAGAGAUGGUGAUAUCUAUAAGGCAUUGGUUGGUCUUGUUGCAUUAUACCUGUUUUGCAUACUAUUCCCAUUCACUGGUAGUUGAUGCCACCAAACAGAAAUAUAGCUUAGGUUUAGGGAGUAGUGUGAGGGUAUGUGCAGUAAAAUAACCAUACUGUUGCAUGUGAUGUUAGGUGAAUUUGGUUAAUUUCACCUCAUAUUUAAGCUUGCCAUGAUAGAUAUUCUGUUCUAUGCUCCUUGGUAUGCUGAAAAUCUUUUUGAGAAUUCUGUAUCGAUAUAUUCCACUAUGCUACUUACAGUAUUUCCAAUUAAGAGUCUUAAUGUUAGUCAGUAACUUCAGCAGGAGUUGGAAAAGAUGUCAUUUUGUAUCAGAUGACAAUAUAAUUUUGGUAGAAAUUGGUUCAACAUGGUUUAAAAUUGUUCAGUGGUAAUUAAUUUUUUUUCUUUUAAUAGUUAUACACAAAUAUAUGAGGAAUUAAAGUUCAUAAAAUAUUAUUAUGCAUCAAAAAACUCAUUUUUAUUUUGAAAUUGAAGCCGAGAAAGAUAAAAAGUUUUUCACUGUUGAGUUACAUCUUUUACCUAGUAAAUACUGGUAAAUUACAAAGAUUAUUAAAAUUACGUAUUUAGAAAAUUUUUGUAUUAAUCGUCAAUUUAUGCAUUAUUUGUUGGUACUAUUUAGAUGCACACUUUGAAGAUAAUGAACGUUAGUUCCUUUGGCUCAUUGUACAUUAUGGGAGAAAUUAUUUUUAUACAAAUUGAUAUUUAAAAGUUAUUAGUUAUUUUGGUUAGUGAUACAAUAGUUACCAUUGCUCUUUUAUAAUUUUAUAUAGUCUUAGGUUGAUUGAGGAAAGGAUUAUUGAUAUGAGAUUAUUGACUGACAAGAGUGAAGAGACAUGAGAAGCAUUUUUGUGUCUAUGGAAGUGUGUGCAUUAUUAUUUGAUGAUUAACCAUCACUGUACACCAGUGAAAAGAUAUUACAAUAUGUAUACUUAUAGUUGCAUAGUUUGAGGCAAGGUUAACAUAUUUCUGUAUGUCCAGCUCCUUCACUCAUACUGUAUGAAUGGGGUAUAGAAGCUGUUUGAUAUUUUAAUUUCAUGUAGUACCAUCAAAGAAUUUCUGUGACUGCAGAACAAAAUUAUUCCAAUAUUUGUAGGGUUCACAUUAUAAGCAGGUAGUACUGCAUUCCAGUAUUGAUGACUCGUAUUUAACUGGAAUGGUGUAUUGAAGUUCCUUUUAUUAGUAUGUCACCUCAAGCUAUGUACUUUUGCAUAUCCUGAGGUUUUUAUCCAUAACCAUGUGAAACUGCAGGUAUUGUUUAUACAGUAUCUUGAUGAAAUUAUAAUCAUAAAGCCCCAAGAUCACAAGAUCUUUAUUUGCUACGUUUAUAUGUGCGUCUUCCAUUCCAGUUUCAGGUUUGUGCAAAAAUUUUAGAAUACUUUUUACUCAUGUGCCAUUACUAAUUUAUUUCUUAAUUUCUUAUUUAUAAAUUUGCUUAUAAGUUGCUGGAAUUGAUUUUGCUUUAAACAAUGGAUAUAGUUAAUACCCAAAAAUUCAAAUUGAUUGCAGAGGCAGGAUUUUGUAAUGGUAUGCUUUACAAAAUGGUCUGAGCCACCAUUUUAGUGAGAGCUGUUAAUUUCAUUGUUGAAAACUGUGAGGAAUUACCUUGUAAACCUCAGUUUUGGCUGUGAAGAAUCUAAUAAAAGUAACAGCUCAUUGUGCCAGCUUUUUUUAUAGAAAAGUUGAAGGACUUAAGCUUGAUGAUAUUAACAUGUUUGUAGAAAGUGUUAAAGAAUGUGUAUUAGUUAAUGAUGUGAACCUCUGGGCAAGUAACGAAACUAUAAACAAGCAUUUGGAUAUAAAGCUUUGAAAAGGGAUAACAGUUACAUUUUCAUAGUAAGUACUUUAAUAUUAAAUGGAAUAAAAUAGUAUCUAAACAUAUUUAAAGGGAAUGGUGAUAGGUUAGAUAGCUGUUGGUUACCUAAAUAAUACAGAGAGGGACAAGGUUAACAGAGGUGUUACACUUACAGUCUUCUCCCAGAGAUAAAAAUUAAUUAAAUGGAGAAAAUUGCACACACAGAAAGACUGGCGGUUUGUCAUCAUACCAUUUUAAGAUGUCAUCAUACCAUUUUAAGAUAAUGAAAUGAGCAUUUUGGUGUAAAAAGAAUGGCUGUACGUAAAUGUCAGGCUUAAAAUCAGGAGCUGGUAUGUUCAUGUUUACGGUAUAUAUAUUUAUACAUGUUUGUCAGUUACCAUAACUGAAGUUAAUGAGGACUCCAAAGUUAAACAUUUAGUAUAUUAGUGUGCCCUCUUUACAUAUUUCUUUAGAAAUGGAAGCCUCUACCGUGCAAAUUGAAGAUUGACAGAAAAGUUAAAAGCAAAUGUUGAGAGUGAUGGCAAUACCAUAGUCUUUCUCACCUCCCCAAAAUGACAUCUUAAAGAAAACUUGUACUUUUGACACUCUUAGCUGAAGAAAACUUGUACUUUUGACACUUUAAGCUUAAUUCAUGUGAAUGUUAGACAGUCACCUGCCCAGGCCCACAACCUGUUUUGUAUAGACACAUGAUGGUGGUGUUGGCAAUGAGGAGAAGUGUGAUUUAACAAAGACUGAACUAUUAGGCUUAAAUAUAUGAUAUUUAAAAAAAAUUAUGAACACUUAGACCCUGGCAUAGUUGAAGUAUUAAAUGAGGCACAAGGUACUUUCUUUGAGCUAAUGGUGGAACUAAUAAAGGCUAUUCACAGAAAGUCAGGUUCAAAUUGAAGGCAGAUACAUUGAUGACUAAUAUUCAUUGUUUAGUAGAAUAAUUGUAAAGGCUGGUAAUCAUGUAAAAGAUGAGUAAUUGGAAACAAAAGUGACAAAAUACAGGCAUUGUGAAUGAUCAAAGGUUGAAUUGAUAUGGAGUCAGGGAAUGGAUAUUAUGUCUGUUGAUGAAUGGACAGUUCUCACUCCUGAAACAAGUUUUUUUUUUUUUUUUUUUUUUUUUUUUUUUUUUUUUUUUUUUUUGUAAAUUCUUAGUCAUGCUGCCAACUGAGUACCAAUGUAAUAGCUGGUAUCACAACAUUUUACACAGAUCAACAAAACCCAUGUGCACUACCUCUUGAAUCAGUUUUGUUUAUUUGUAAGGAAGAGAAUGCCUUUUAAGCUGAAUAAUAGUUUCAAUUUUAUCUUUUAAUUGUUAUAUAUAGUAUAACAUUUUCCUUUAAAACUUAAAUUAUUGAUAACAGAUAGUAUAGCUAUAAGUAUAGUGCCUUUCGCUGAAUAUAAAUCUUUGCUGCCAUGCCCUAUAGAAAGCCAUACUAACAAUACUAAGAAAUAUGGUUUUGUUUAUAAUGUUGGCACAUAUUAUAUUUGCAGCUAAAUGAAAGGGAGGAAAAUUUUGUGAAUUUAAAGGACUGUAGUUGGUAUUGGGAUACAUUUCUUGUUACAAAUACCUUCAUGAACCUCAAAAGCAUUUAUAACAGCCAUAAAUUCUUUAGUCCUGUAGUAUUCUUGUACUGUACAUAUAAAGUUACUAGAAAAAUUAUGUUCAAAUAUAUUUGAUAGUCAAGUGCUUUCCCCAUCCCUGCCCUAAGUUUGGAGGCUUUUUAUAAAUGUUUGUUGAACAUCUUUUUCUGCAGAUCCUAGAAUAUGUAAAUAGCAAAUGUUAUAUAUUUAUAAUUUGGCUUCAUUGUUAAUAAAAUCAAUAUACUUUA